GGCGUUAUGGACAGCUUCACCAUCGAGAAGGAUGUGAUCAGCUUCAAUAGCGCUGUGGCUGCCUGCGAAGUGGCUGCGCAGUGGGAGCUUGCUGGCUGGCUCCUUUGCCAGAUGCAGGCUCUCAGCGUGCAGCCGAACACCAUCACCUACAACAGUGUCAUAUGCACCGCAGAGAAGUCAGGCCAAUGGCAAAUUGCCCUGGGUCUCCUGGCGCUUCUACCAGCUCAGAGGAUCCCACUGGACCUCAUCAGCUUGAACAGCGCCAUCCUCGCCUGUCGUGGUCGCUGGGAGGUCGCUCUGAGCUUGCUGUACAGCAUGAGUAUCUUCGGCCUGAGUCCAGAUGUAGUCAGCUACCACAGCGCCUACGUCGCAUGCGACACUUGCGGUCUUUGGCACUUUGCUGAAGAGUUGCUCCUCUGCAUGGGGCUCCUGGGUUGCUCCAAGGGGCGGAGCAAACGUGCGAGCGCGGAGAAAUCAGAUCUCGCCUUUCGCUUCGACUUCCCCCACUUCAAGCGCGUGGCUGUGGUGGUGGUGGGCGAGCCUCCAGAGGCGUUCAAGGCAAAGGCUCAUGCCGUGCUUCUGGCAGAGAAGCAGGAGAAGCUCGAUGCCGAAUGGAAAGUGCGACAGGCUGACAAGGAGCGGCAGAGGCAGCUGGAGUCGCUAAGAGCGCAGCAACUGGCGUUACAGGAGCAGCAGAGAAAGGCGGCCGAGGCUGCGAAGGCCGAGGCCCCGGAUGCUGCAGAAGGCGUCUCUGCAGAGGCAAAAGACGAGGAGAUGAAGGAGGAGGUGGCAGAGGUCAAGGAAGAAGCCAAGGAAGAUGCGGACAUGCAGAUGAAGGAGGAGCCAAAGGAGGAGCCCGAGGCACCCCCUGUCGCUGAGCUGGACGAGGAGGAGUCCCGGCUCUGGUUCCUGCCCCGCUCUACCACCGACAUGGUGUCGGUGACCUUCAACAGCACUUUCGCCGACUUCACCCUCCCCGACGAGACGGAGAACUUCUCCGAGAUCCGAUACGAAUGGGCUGGUGAAGUCGCGAGCAAGGACUACAUGAAGUCGUGGAUGCAGGCGAAGAAGAUCACCACUCGCGUGGAAGAGCUCUUCCCGGACGACACCUUCACGAACCGGGUACUGGAAUGGCAGCGUGUGCAAGGCGACUGGCAGUACAGACAGAAGGAGUUCAAGACCGAUCCGGUCCGGCAGCAGGCUGCAAAUACGCGCAUGGAGAAGGAGAAGAAGUACCAGGAAAAGCUGAACAAGCCGAAGACCGAGGAGAAGGAAGGCGCAGAGGGCGAGGCCGAGGCAGCUCCAGCCGAGGGCGAGGAUGCAGCCGAGCUGGAGGGCUUCGUCCCAGUCGACAUCCACACCGUCGAGGAUGUGCUGGACAUCGGGGAAGGUGAGCCGCUGUUUGCCCAUUUCGCUUUCGAGGAUUGGGCUCUGAUGAACCUUCGCUUUGAGAUGGCGAUGCUCAUGAGCGCUUUUUCGCAGGCUGUGGUGGAUCCGGACAGGCCGGGCAUUCAUGAGGCCCAUCUCACCUACUACUACAACCGAUACUUCAGGAAGCCUCUCAAUGUGAAGUACUUCGGUGCCAACAACAGCGUCGAGCUUUGCGAGCUGAUCAAAGAUGUGGUCACGGUAUUGGACAAUGGCAUCCUCCGGCCGACCCUCACCGAAGAACAACUCAUCAACCAGGACAUCUUCGCCCGACUCACCGAAGAGGACCGGCGAGAAAGGCAGCGACUCAUCGAUGCCGGGGACGAGAGUAUUCGGCUAAAGCUGUCGGUCUUGGCGCAGCAGCAGAUGAAUCAGCCGUCUCCUUGGGCGGCCAAGGCGGCGCCGAAGGCCUGGGCCACGCAAGCGGCGUGGCCUGGUGUGGGCCCUGCGCCGGUUGCUGCGCGCCCCGGCUUCGUUCGUGGACCCGGGGCCGCUGCAGGCAAAGGCGCUGGCUGGGGCGACUGGGCGGGCGACUGGGCGCCCACGAACUUUGGCGGGCCUCCCGCUUGGGGCGGCGGCAAAGGUGGCUACCCGCCCAUGGGCCCCAUGGGCGGCAUGGGUGGCAUGGGCUGGUGA